UCUCGACUCGACUCGGUCGUACUAUAUCUGCUUGUUUCUAUCUCUCGCUGAAAUCUCAGGACACACGAGGGCAUAACAUCAAACCCAAUCAACACACCAGCUCUCAUAUCAUCCUCAUCUCCACCACCCCGCAUUACCCCUCCAUCCGCCAUGUCUUCCAAGUCGCAAUUGACAUACAGCGCCCGGGCCAGCACGCACCCCAAUGCGCUGGCAAAGAAGCUCUUCGAGGUCGCCGAGGCCAAGAAGUCCAACGUCACGGUGUCCGCCGACGUGACGACCACCAAGGAGCUGUUGGAUCUGGCUGACCGCCUCGGCCCCUACAUCGCGGUCAUCAAAACGCACAUCGACAUCCUGUCCGACUUCAGCGAAGAAACCAUCACGGGCCUCAAGGCCCUCUCGCAGAAACACAACUUCCUCAUCUUCGAAGACCGCAAGUUCAUCGACAUCGGCAACACCGUCCAGAAGCAGUACCACCGCGGCACCCUGCGCAUCUCCGAGUGGGCCCACAUCAUCAACUGCAGCAUCCUGCCCGGCGAGGGCAUCGUCGAGGCCCUGGCCCAGACCGCCGAGUCCCCGGACUUCCCCUACGGCUCCGAGCGCGGCCUGCUCAUCCUCGCCGAGAUGACCUCCAAGGGGUCCCUGGCCACGGGCGCCUACACGACCGCGUCCGUCGACUACGCGCGCAAAUACAAGGGCUUCGUGAUGGGGUUCGUGUCCACCCGGUCCCUGGGGGAGGUGGUGUCGGAGAAUAGCCAGGCGAGCGGGGACGAGGACUUCGUGGUCUUCACGACGGGGGUGAAUCUGUCCUCGAAGGGGGAUAAGCUGGGGCAGCAGUAUCAGACUCCCGAGUCGGCGGUGGGUCGCGGCGCGGAUUUCAUCAUCGCGGGUCGUGGCAUCUACGCGGCGGAGGACCCGGUCGAGGCUGCGAAGCGUUAUCAGGAGGAGGGCUGGAAGGCGUACUUGGCGCGGGUUGGCGGGCAAUAGGUGGUGUUAAUUUGUGCAUGAUUUAUAAAUAGUUUCCGGAUUGGUAGUUAUGAAGUAUGACUGAUUCAACUGUCC